CGCACAGCGAGCUUGGACGAUGGCAAUGGCAGGUCAUCGUGGGACAGUGUGGCUUCUUCCUGUUGUCCUCCUUUUCCUUCAGAUGGUGCAGACAGUCAUACCGAAUGCAUGCAGGGUGAACAAUGGGAACUGUGAGCAGUUCUGCAAAGUCGGAGAUGAAGGAGUUGUGUGUUCCUGUGCUGCUGGCUAUGCCCUGGGCAAUGACAGCAAAACCUGCAUUCCUGUAGUCAAGUUCCCAUGUGGUAAGCUUCAGAGAAAUCAGGAAGCUGGCCAAGAGAAAGUCACAGGAACCACAGCAAGUGCAGAUGCUUAUCCUGAAAAUGAGGAAACCACGGAGGCCCCAAGCAGCCAUCCAGAGGUCACGGUGGAGGCUGGUAUCUUACCCAGCGCAUCCCCAUGGCAGGCUAUUCUAUCAGAUGAGGAUGAUGCAUGGUUUUGUGGGGGGACAAUUCUGAAUGAGUAUUUUAUACUUACUGGAGCUAGUUGUAUUAGCCAAUUAAAAGACUUCCAGGUUCUUGUUGGACUAGUGGACAAAGAUAAGGAAGAGCCAAGUAGAGCAAGGCACAGAGUGAAAAGCAUAUUUAUACAUGCUAACUUUGGUAGAGAAGCUUUUGACAGCGACAUAGCCCUUCUCAGAUUAGAGGAACCUAUCACAUUUUCUGAGGAUGUUAUCCCAGCAUGCCUUCCAGAAGAACAAUUUGCUAAUAACAUUCUGAUGAACCAAACAUUUGGAAUUGUCAGUGGCUUUGGGAACACAUUUGAACGUGCACAGCCAGUCAAAAGAAUGAAAGUGCUUCAAAUCCCUUAUGUGGACCACGACACUUGCAAGCUGGCCCUUCGUAAUCCAGUCACCAAAAACAUGUUCUGUGCUGGUUAUGAUAAAGAUGGAAAGGAUGUCUGCCAAGGAGAUGGAGGAGGCCCCCAUGUAACCCACUACAAGGGGACUUAUUUUGUUACUGGUAUCAUCAGCUGGGGAGAAGGGUGUGGAAGGCAAGGGAAAUAUGGCGUGUACACCAAAUUAUCAAAGUUCCUACGCUGGGUAAGAAGGGUUUUGGCAGCAAACUUAUGAGUAUGACAUUUAAUCAACCUAAUUGUCUUAGCCAUGAGAUCUGAUCCUUAAGUAAUGUUUUGCUCUUAUUAACACACUUGCUAAAAUUCUGAUACUUCGUGAUUGACUUAAUUGACACCAUCUAUUUCUCAUGAGCUAACACCUGGCUUUCAGAAGGUGGGCUUGGACUUCAAACAGAGCUUGCUGGCUUUGGACAACAAUGAAAUUUCUUCAAAUGUCAUAGUUAGGAACUCAUUCUGCUCUGGCUGUGAUUACCUAAAUUUGUCUAUUGGAGGCUUCACCUGUGCUGAUAAGCCCCGUCCCAUUGCAUUGAAAGGUAGAACUAAGUCAACUUUUCUGUGGCAGUACCUGCUUUACAGAAACAGACCAGACUAGUAUAAUAUAAAAGUAAGACAGCAUUUUAAAAGCCUCUGGAAAAGCUACCUAAUUUUUAGAUUUAUAUGAUGCACACAGAAAAUGCUAGAAAACACGAAUACCACCCAAGUAUCCACAUAACUCUGAAUAGCUGGGCAUAUCACUGAAUCAAAUCAGUUGUUAGGUGAAGCUCACUCAAUUGGAACGGCUUGAUUAUCACUGCCAGAAUCACUGGUGUUCUGAUAUUUUCUUGCUUUCCUUCUGAGAUACUUUCUUCACCAUCAUUGUUUAUGUUGUAACUUUGGCUAAAAUAAAAUUAAUGUAUUGCAUAUCCUACAAA